GGAAAGGGAGUUUAACAUCAGAGUCACUGUUCCAUGCAUGGAAGACACUUGUCUCUCUGGCGUAUGUCAACUUAUUCAAAGAGAAAAAAUAAAUCCCCUGCCAACAUAUAGGCUGGUAUCUUAAGCCUGUUCGAAAUGUGAAGGAGGAAGAGACAGAGGAGGCAGGAUGCUGCAGCGGGCGGCGAGCAAUGCGUAUUCAUGGUGGUGGGCGAGCCACAUCCGCACCAAGCAGUCCAAAUGGCUUGAUAGCCAUCUCCAAGAUAUGGAACACAGAGUGAAGUGCAUGCUCUUACUCCUUGGAGAGGAAGCUGAUUCCUUUUCAAAAAGGGCAGAGAUGUACUACAAAAGGCGGCCGGAGGUGAUCACUCAAGUGGAAGAAGUAUACAGGGCGUACAGGGGUCUAGCUGACCGGUAUGACAUCAUUUCAGGGGAACUGCACAAAGCAAACCAUACCAUCGCGACAGCUUUCCCUGACCAAGUGCAGUAUGCAAUGCUAGAAGAGGAAGAUGACAAUAUCCCCAAGGCAUUUACCCCAGUCGAUCCACGUAAAAUUCACAAGUCGACUGUUGACGGAUUGAUGAAGAAGAAGAAAGGAGGAGAGCAGCCUGCAGGGUCGAUGAACAAGAACACGACGUCAGCUCCAAUCGACAAGGACAACGCACGGGAGGAGAUCAGCAGACUACAGAAAGAGAUACUUGUGAUGCAGACCGAGAAAGAAUUCAUCAAAAGCUCGUACGAGAGUGGCAUUGCAAAGUACUGGGAUCUUGAGAAGCAAAUCAAUGACAUGCAGGAACAGGUGUGCCAUUUCCAAGAUAAGUUUGAUGAAAGUGCGGUGAUUGAGGAUGAUGAAGCCCGGGCACUGAUGACAGCAACAGCCCUUAAAUCUUGUGAAGACACCAUUGUCAAACUGCAGGAACAGCGGAAGACAUCUGCUAGCCAGGCAAUGGGCGAGUCAGAAAGAGUCAAGGUUCUACGUGAGAAGCUCAAGGCUGUAAUGGAGGGGCAUGGGAAAUCCUUGCCGGAUUCUCCAGAUCCUUGUGAUAAAAACGUGAGGAAGAAUCAUGGCUUUGAGAUGGAAGAGGUACAGCAUAUCAAACUGGGUGAAUUUGAGACGCAGACAGUGCUCGAGAAGAUCAAGGAACAUUUUGAGAGGGACGGCAGCAUCUCGGUGGCAGAAAUCACAGAACAUAUCGAUGAACUUGUUAACAAGGUGGUUGAUUUGGAGCUUAUGGUGUCAUCGCAGAGCUCACAGAUAGACAGGCUGUGUCGAGAGAACAGCGAGUUGGAGAGUUGUCUGCAGAGUCUGGAGGAAGAGAAUGUGAGUGACCCAGAUAAAGUAAAUGAGAAGCUGAAGAAGCUAGAAGAGGAGCUGGUGAGAGUGCAGGCUCUUGAAAGCUGCUUCCACAAAGACGAGAGCACGAUCCGCUCGAACUUCAGCGAAGCCAUAAGCAGACUGAGUGGUAUAUCAGAGAUGUUGCAGUCAUCUGAACACGGUGGUGUAGGAGGCACAUUGGCAGUGGCGGAUGGGAAGGAGGAGGAGGAGGACAAUGAUGCAGGAGGCAUAGAUGAUGUUGCUGAACCCCAGGUCCAGACGGAGGCUGCAUCUGAUGACGUUGAUCCUGCGGGUAAAUCAACAGCUGACGUUGAUCCUGCGGGUAAAUCAACAGCGACGCAGGAGGAGGCCCAGGCGGUGGACGUUGGACAGGAGAAAGCAGGAGGAUGUUCGCGGGAGAGAGGGUCGUUGGUACGGCUGCGUCACAUCUCCUCCGACGACCUGGGAGGCUGUGACGAUGAAGCUCCAGCUGCAGUGGAUGACCCCGAUGGCAUGCGGAAGCAGAAGAAAGGACAAGAAGGAGAAGGGGUUGAAGAAGAGAAGAAGGUUAUCCUGGUGGCGGAGUACAGGGCGCUCCUUGAGGAAAACAAGGAUGCCAAGAGGAGGCUGGCUGAGGUGGAGAAGACGAACCAGGAGUGCAUGCAUGAGAUCCGGUCGCUGCGUGAGCUGCUCAGCAGUGGCUCAUCCGAGGCAGGAGCGGCAGCAGCAGGAGGAGGAGGAGGAGGAGGAGACAGCAGCGGAGGUCGGCGCGGCCAUCGAAGGACGCCGAGCUAUUCGCUGGGACAUCACAGGAAGCAGAGCCUGUCGUCCAUCUCGAGGAUGAUCAGAAUGGGGUCGACCAUCCAUGAAGGCGACGAGAGCGAGAAGGUGAAAGCUGAGGAGCUGCGGUUGCCAGCGGUGGCCACAUCGUCGUCGCCUCUGGAGAACAAGUUACGCAAGGACAUCGACACGCUGCUGGAGGAGAACCUCGAGUUCUGGAUGAAGUUCAGCUCGUCCCUGCAGCGGGUGCAGGAGUUCCAGCGCAAGCACGACGAGCUGAUGCAGCAGCUGCAGCCGGCGGCCACCGACGGCAACAGUGACACCAAGCAGAAGCAGAAGCAGGAGCAGCAGCUGAGGGCGCUCAAGACGGAGCUGCAGGUGUGGUCGGAGCAGAACGCGAUGCUGCGAGGGGAGCUGCAGUGCAGGUUCGCGGCCCUGUGCGACGUGCAGGAGGAGAUCACGGCGGCACUGGAACAAGGAGGAGGAGGAGGAGAGUUCACGUCGUACCAGGCGGCCAAGUUCCAGGGCGAGGUGCUCAACAUGCAGCAGGAGAACAACCGGGUUUCCGACGAGCUGCAGGCCGGCCAGGACCACGUCAAGGGCCUCCAGGCCCAGAUCGAGAAGAAGCUGCAGCACGGGGGCGUCACCCUGCCUGACGCCGACGGACCUGCAGCCGGAGCCGGAGCCGGAGCCACAACCCCGCCGCCGCUGCCAUUGACGCGCGUCGCCUCCAAGUCCAAGGUGCCCCUGCAGUCCUUUCUGUUCCCGGCCAAGGCCAAGAAGCCGUCGCUGCUGGCGCGCGUCACCCCUGUCCUCCAGAAGCAGCAGCCCGAUCUCAGGUUCCUUGCCAAGCUGCAACCGAGGUAGCUCCUCUCUUCUCUACUUCCACCAUUGCAUUCCGCCCUUCCUUCGAUUUGGACUUCUUUCCCAACUGUAACCUCGCUCAUUCCUUGUAACAUCUCAAUUUUGGACAUGCAUAAUGGGUCUUGAUAGAUAACGACUGCAAUUAGUUCUACUUCUGAAAUGGGCUAUACGUACAAUCUGUGUAUAUGACUCAUGUCCGACUCAACUAUUGUUUUACUAGCUCCUAUAGAGAUAAGCUGAUCCUAAGGAUCAACUUCCCAUAACUAUUAUUUUCCUAUCUCCAUAGAGAUAAGCUGAUUGUAAGGAUUGAUGGAUGAGAAGUAGUUGGAUCAGUCUUAUAAAAGACGCAUAACUAUUGUUUUCCUAUCUCCAUAGAGAUAAGCUGAUCAAUAUCUCCAUAGAGAGAAGCUGAUUGUAAGAAUUAAUGGAUUCCUAUCUCCAUAGAGAUAAGCUGAUUGUAAGGAUUGAUGAAUGAAAAAUAGUUGGAUCAGUGUUAUAAAAGACAACUAAUUGUAAGAAUUGAUGUAUGAAAAGUAGUUGGAUCAGUUUUAUAAAACACGCAUAACUGUUGUUUUCCUA